CCUGGGUGUCCAGUGGCCCCAGCAGUGAGCUGACAGCCCUGUCCGCUAGGGGCGGGGCCGGGCCUGGCCCUCCAGGAGUGGGAUGACAAAAGGAGGGGAUGGGGUCACGUCCAGCCGCGCAGCUGUCCUGGCUCUGACGCGCGGUGCACCCCAGAGCCGCUCGGGUUUCCCCUCCCGGGUCUGCAACUCCGGCUGAGCCAGCAUCCCAGGCGUCCUCGGGCUAAAUAAGGAGCCCGCGUGGGUCGCGGGCGGAGGCUAGGGUCCCGGGGGGCUUAGGUCAACCACGCCAAACAAGGUAAGGAGGGGAGCGAUGUAUAAAACCGGGGCCCAGGGUUGAGCACCUGCCCGCGCUCCUCCUGUGCCAUCCCGAAACACGCCGUGCAGCCUGUAGCCCAGUCCGCGGACCUAAGUCCCCACGUCGCCCCCUCCACGAUGUCCAAGGCAGCUCCCGCCAAAAAACCAACACCUUCGGCCCCACCCCCGGGUUGCACGAUCGAUAUCAACGACCCCCAGGUCCAGAGCGCGGCCAUCCGCAUCCAGGCCUCUUACCGGGGCCACAGGUCCCGGAAGGAGCUACGCGAAAAGGGACCGCCGCGGGUGCUGGAGCCUCUGAAGGACGUGGUGCUGAUCGAGGGCAGCGCGGCCAAGCUGACUUGCCGCAUCUCCGCCUUCCCGGACCCGUUCAUCCGCUGGAGCAAGGACGGCAAGGAGUUGCGCGACGGGCCCAAGUACCGCUACAUCUUCGAGGACCCUGACGUCGUGGCGCUGGUGGUGCGCGACGGCGAGCUGGCUGACCUGGGCCAGUAUAGCAUCAACGUAACCAAUCCCUUCGGCCAGUGCUCCGACUCGGCGCGCAUCCUAGUGGAAGUCCCCGCGAAGAUUCAAAAGGGUCCGGACAGCACCAAGGCGCGCAAAGGCGCCACGGUGACCCUGUGCGCGGAGAUCAUGGGCGAGCCUGCACCCGACGUAGGCUGGACUAAGGACGGGAAGGACAUCGAGGAGGACGACAGGGUGUUCUUCGAGAUCGGCAGCACCAACACCACGUUGACCAUCCGGCGGUCCACGCCUGAAGACAGCGGCAAGUACGAGGUCUUCGUGGAGAACUGCCUGGGGAUGGACCAGAGCUUCGCUCGCGUGGACGUGGCCUGAACUGGGCUCGCGGACCU